CCAUUUGAUCACUAAAUUAAUCUUGUUUAAAUUUACAUCCUCCAUCUUGACUUACAAAUGUUUGUCACUUAAGUGAGGUUAUGGAACAAAUUUAGUCAACAUUAGAAUAGUGACGGUAAAAAAAUGUUUAAAAAUACAUUUCAAAGUGGUUUUUUAUCCAUUCUGUACAGUAUUGGUAGUAAACCGUUACAAAUAUGGGAUAAGAAAGUUCGAAAUGGUCAUAUAAAACGAAUAUCAGAUGAAGAUAUCCAAUCGUUGGUGCUAGAAAUACUUGGAUCAAAUGUAACAACUACAUAUAUAUCAUGCCCAAACGAUCCCAAAAAAACAUUAGGAAUAAAAUUGCCAUUUUUAGUGAUGAUCAUCAAAAAUUUAAAACGAUAUUUCACGUUCGAAGUACAAAUAUUGGAUGAUAAAAAUGUCCGCAGACGAUUUCGUGCAAGUAAUUAUCAAUCUACAACACGGGUGAAGCCAUUUAUAUGUACAAUGCCAAUGCGAUUGGAUGAUGGUUGGAAUCAAAUUCAAUUUAAUCUAGCAGAUUUUACACGACGUGCUUACGGUACAAACUAUGUGGAAACACUUCGAGUACAAAUACAUGCCAGUUGUCGAGUGCGAAGAGUGUAUUUUUCGGAUCGAUUAUAUUCAGAAGAUGAAUUGCCAGCUGAAUUUAAGUUAUUUUUACCAAUUACAUCGAAGAGUACUAAAUUAACUGAAGGAUAAGACUCUAAAUUAUUUUUAUUUUAUUCCAAAGAUUUUUAUAAACACAACAAAAUUCAACAAUUUUAAUGUAUUGUGCACGUUGCACCUCUCCACGUUUUUUUUACUGUUUGUAAGUGAAAUUAUUGAAUAUACUUUACAAAAUCUAAUUUUUUUUUCUGUUAUUACUAAU